AAAAAUGCCAGAUAUGUGGAAACAAUAGAAUAAAAAGCAGAACCAAAAACACGGGAGAAAAAAGUGGCAGGACCGGUUUUCUUAACAAAGACAAGUAGAUUUGCUAACGCACAGUGGCUAGAGUUGAUACAACCUCACAGUGAAAAACAGUGCCAGGGGAGACCCUUAUGGUAAACAUACAACCAGAGCUGGGAAUGUUCUAUUCAGAUCCCGAAACCGUGAUUAAUCUCUUUAUGGCUCCACUCUUGACGAGUUGAUUGAGGCCAAGAAGAAGGAAAUAAAAGCGGGAGAGGGGAAGAGGGUGGGGUUACUAUAAAAACAGAAGGUGUAACCUGAACAAACAGCCAGGAUCCCGUGAGUCCUCUCCGGUCACCAGAGGAACAAGACAAUGCAGAGCUAACCCGGCGCGGCAGACUCUCCAUCUAGGCGCUCAGACGGGGAAAUGUGUAAACUAGUGCUGAGUAGCCUGCAUGAGAGACCCACUAACAACCAGCACUGGCAGGUGUUAGUCUAGUCCAGAACUAGUCUGAAUUAAACUGCUCUCCGGAUAUAUUGAAAAUUACACUAUCAGAAAACGUAAGGAAUAAGAGGAUGUCUUCCUUGUCUGACGCUGACUCCCAAUGUGGUCCAGGGGAUACCAUUUGUGAGAUCCGUGUGUAUGAGCAGGAGGUCAUCGUGGUGCCCAUACUGCUGCUGGCCAGCUUCCUGGUCACGCUGGUCUUUAUCCUGCUGCUGCGUUUCUGCCCGGAGAAGGUAGAGCGCAUCAAGCCCAAGGCCAAGCAGUCGGCCUACAGACAGCGGGCCAGGCGCACGCUGCAAGGCAUUGAUGCUCCUCCAGGUAUCAACGUACUGGAGAACGAGAGCAUAGCGCUGGAUGUAGCCAGCUCCUACUCAACCUUCAGCCCACCCAACACCUACACCGGCAGGAACCUCCUGCACACGGUGGACACCCCGGCUCUGAAAGUGGGCAUUCCCCCGCAGACGCACCAGUACCGGCCCAGCUACAUCCCCACGGUGCAGCCCAGGGAGCUGCCGCGCCAGAGGCUGCCUGAGACCUUCAACCUGGUGACGGCCCUGCCCACCACCUUCUCCCUGCGCUCGGACACCGCCGUGUCCCUCUACCGCGCCCGCAUGGAGAACCGCAACGUGGUGCUGCGCGUGCUCAAAGACACUGCGGACGCCACUGAAAGACAUGCCUUCCUGGGCUUCGCCUCCUUCCUGUCCCAGCUGGGUCCUCACCCCUUCCUCCCAGAGCUGCUGGGUGUGGUGUCUCUGCGGGCGCCACUGGUCACCGUGGUGGAAGAGUUGGAGAACCGAGACCUGCUCGGGUUCCUCUGGAGAUGCAGGCAGACAGAAAAUGCAGACCCUCCAUGUGAGAUGACCGAGAGACGAAUCCUUACCAUGGGCAAACAGGUGGCUUCAGCGCUGGAGUUCCUUCAUGGCAAAGAUCUUCUCCAUGGCAAUAUCCGGGCUCGCAGUGUGUUGGUGAGCCGGGAGCACACGGCCAAGCUCUGGGGCCUGCAGGGAGUACACACCAGGAAGAACCAAGAGGACAAUCAUAAGGAAGACCCUGGGAUAAAGAAGUGGCAGGCCCCCGAGCUAUUGACCAAGAAACCCGCCAGUGAAAGCAGUGAUGUGUGGUCAUUUGGCCUCCUCUUGUAUGAAAUGGCAACGCUUGGUGAAGCCCCGUUUGCUGAAAUCCCAGUAAAGGAGCUCCUGCAGUUCCACCAAAGAGGAAAAACCUUGAGGAAACCUUCCAACUGCUCUAACACACUGUAUUCGAUGAUUAAGAGCUGUUGCCAAUGGAAGGAACAGGAGAGAACAUCAUUGGCUGAAUUAAGUCGUAAGCUCCAAUCAUCAGAGAAGAACGCCAGUGACAAGGUCCUCCGGGGGCCAGAGCCAGUGAACAUUGAGCGGUACCUGCAAGAAGCCGGCUACGGGGAAGCCAACAGCUACACUGUAUUCUAACACACGUGUUAGAAUUGUAUGUGUGCCAAAAACACAUGAACAAUGCACUUUGCUGAGGGAGAUGGCCAAUGAGCCUACUUUGGAGAGCAUGGAUCCCAGAGUGCACGUGAGGUCUUAUGGGACAUAAGAGCACCUGUUCUGCAGCUCUUUUGCCUAAUGGUGUUGGAAGUGUCAUUUAUGGCAUAAGCUAUGUCCAGCUUCAUUGUAUAUCACUGUUAUUACUAUCUUAAAAUGUGUUUAAAAUGGCUUCAGUCACAGGCAAACUUGACCAAAUCUUAUCUAGCAUUGAAUCUUUAAGGUCAAAUCAUUGUAUAUUUCUGAUUUGUUUGCAAAAACGGAUGCAAUGUAUAGCAAAUAAAUUAAUAUAUACCGGUAGGUAAAAUUAAUUUUAACACGUCCGUAUUUCGUUGAAGUAGGGACAGGAAGAAAUUAAAAGAAUGUGCAAUGUUGAAUAGGCCGAACUUUUUGUUACACCCACGUAUUACUGUGAUUAUUUAAGCUCCAUACGGGGAUCCCAGGUGAGGAUAUUGUACGCAGGAGUUUUGCACAAUGUCUGAUGUUAUCGUGUUAGGGUUAGCCAUGAGUCUAAUAGCGCUCACCUGCAGUGAAUAACUGAAGACAUUUCAGCAUUAGGUUGAACAGGCAUUGUUUAUUGGUUUAUUACUGCAUACAGGUCGACAGGGCGCUUGGGGUCCGUCCUCCACAGAGGAGACCACCACACCUCUAUUCAGGUAGUUAGGUCAGUUAAAGCUGCUAAAACUCACUACAUAAAACAUCCAUGUAAAACUGCCUUGGAAAAAUAGAACUUUGAUCAUAGUACAAAAUGAACAAUAAUAAACAGACAAGGUAUAAAAGUGUUUUAUAACGGUACAAUAAAAAACAACAACUAAAAGAACAGACUCAAAAUGUGUUUCACUGUAUGUACGGAGCCCGGUUUCAUGUUUUAAAGAUAUACUCUUUUGCUUAAAAAAAAAAAGGAACAUUGUCAAA